AUGACAAAUAUCUCCUGUUCCGGAGCAUUGCAACCGUCGAGAUUCUCACAAUUGCAGCCGCCACCAUCAGGAGUGCAUUCAGCAGAGAUAUCAGUGAUGAAAAAGACCAAGAGGCCCAACAAACAAAGAUGA